ACCAAAUGACAAGAAAAAAACAACAACAGACUAAAAAAUGACAAAUUAACAGCUGACUGAGCGUUAAAAGCUCGGAGAAAAAAAAUUAAGUAAUUUCUACUUUUAAUAUUAUGGGUGACGAAAGUAUAAAUUCUCGUAAAAAAUGUGAAACAAAUAAAUAUGACGUAAUAAUUAUCGGCGGCGGUAUAGCUGGACUAGCCGCCGCCAACUACUUUGUGAAAAAUGGCAUGGACGACUUCAUAAUAUUAGAAGCUAGAAAACGUAUCGGCGGAAGAAUUAUAUCAAUACCAUUGAAAAAUCAUAGUGUGGAAUUAGGAGCCAACUAUAUACACGGCGUUCUAGGCAACCCAAUAUUUGAAUUGGCUACAGGCAAUGGUCUCGUAAACAUAAUAAAUGUACCCAAGCCACACAAGGUUAUAGCCGCCACUGAAGAUGGUAAGCAAGUGCCUUUUGGAGUUUUACACGAAAUACACGAAGCGUACGUAUGCUUUCUCAGACGAUGUGAAGAAUAUUUUUUAUGUCAAUACCUUCCGCCACCAGAUAUUCAUAGUGUCGGUGAACAUAUAAAUUUGGAAGCCGCUAUUUAUCUCGAACGACUACCUAAUUCUGAGGAAAAGAAGCUAAGACGGUUGAUAUUUGAUUGUUUACUGAAACGCGAAACAUGUAUAUCUGGUUGCAACACUAUGGAUGAUAUUGAUCUUUUGGAACUAGGCAGCUACACUGAAUUGCAGGGUGGUAACAUAGUGAUACCAUCAGGGUUUAGUUCUAUUUUAGAACCUGUGACAAAAAAUAUAUCGCCCGACAAGAUAAUAAAAAAUGUGCCUGUUAUUAAAAUCAUAUGGGACACAGAGCAACAUAGCAGCUCAAGGUUUGAAGAAGUGGGCGACGAAUCAGAAGAUUCUGACCAGACUGUGAUAGAAGAUAUCUCUAAAGCAUCACCCGAGAAAGCGGGGGAUACCAGUGAAGGCCAAACUAACGUGACUGAAAAAUCUAGUAAAAAAUUCUCGCACUGUGUAGAAGUUGUGUGUGAGAAUGGACAAUGUUUCUAUGCAAAUCAUGUGAUAUGUACAAUACCUUUGGGCGUCUUGAAAGAUAAAGCUGGUACCUUGUUCGAGCCAGCGUUGCCACAGUAUAAGUUAGAUUCAAUUGAGAGGCUUUUAUUUAAUGCAGUUGAUAAAAUUUUUUUAGAAUACGAAAGGCCAUUCUUAAACCCUGACAUCACUGAAAUCAUGUUGCUCUGGGAAAGUCCACCGAUGCCAGAAGAUGUAUCAAAAUCAUGGUUUAAAAAGAUUUACUCUUUUGUUAAGGUAACAGAGACAUUGUUGUUAGGGUGGGUCUCUGGAAAGGAAGCCGAGUAUAUGGAAACAUUGUCAAUGGAAGAAGUUGGUGCUACUUGCACAAAGCUUUUGCGAAAAUUUUUGAAUGACCCUUUUGUGCCAGAACCUCAAACAUGUGUAUGCACUAGUUGGAAAAAGCAGCCAUAUACCAGAGGGGCUUAUACAGCUAUUGCUGUUGGAGCAAGUCAAAGUGAUAUUGAAAGCUUAGCACAACCAUUAUUUAGAAAUGUCCAUGAUAAAAAGCCUGCGUUGCUCUUUGCUGGAGAGCACACGCACGGUAGCUUCUACUCCACUGUGCAUGGCGCAUAUCUCUCUGGUCAAAUCGCUGCCAGACGUUUACUGACUCCAGAGUUUGCUGCUGAAAAUGUACUGGAAGGCCCCGAGUCUAAUGACCUCAAUAAUUGGAUCCAAGGUGUACAACUGGAUGGGUAGCACUGUUUUGCAAACCAAAAUGUAAGUGUCAACAGUGACGUGCACAGGGUUUCCGUUCAGGGUAAGCGCUAGAUACGAAAACGUUGAACCUUGAAUAUUGCUCAUGUAAACCUUUGGGUCACUGCAUGACACAGGCGUUUGCCUAAUGUAUAAAAGACACGAAUUUGAUAUAAAUAACAAGAGUAGCUUAUUAUUUAUUUCGUAACUGAUUUUUUUUUCAUUGAAAAAAUGAGGCUAAUUUUAUUCAAAUGAUUACAGAAUUACCGCAAGCUAAUAUUUACAAUAAGAUUAAGUAGAUUUUUUUAUUCUCAUGAAAUAAUAUGUUCGAUAAUUGUAAUUUAUCCAUUCAUGAAUUUCUUUUUUUGGGUUGUCGUAAUUGAUUGUAUCGAUAUUGCCUAUAAUUCUGAAUUACUUAUGAAAUUGCUUGUUCAAUGAAUUAUUAUAUGUAUAGCUUGGCAAAUUCGUUCGUAACACUCCUGAUGGUCCGCGCGGGUCGGGAGGGGGUUAGCGAUGCCCCGCGCGCACGACUUCAUACCCGCGCAGACCUUUCCCCCCCGUCGCCCGCAUAUCAUCAACGAACUUGCCAAGCUAUACUUUUAUAUACAAUGCUCAUGUUUUGUCAAAAAGCUUCAUUAUGAGUCUAGGAUCCAGAGAUAAUUUUUAUAAUUGAUUACUAUCAUGCUAAUUUUCCGUCAUUGUGAUGAGUCACUCAAUUUUUUUAUUUAUCUAAAUCCUCAACUUGUAUCAAUAUCCAUUAAAAUAGUUACUAUAGCUUGGCAACUUCGUUCGUAAUACUCCCGAUGUACUGCGCGUGCCGGAAGGCGUAUAGCGAUGAAUGAAAAACCCACGACUGAUGCACAUCACUUCAUCGCACGCACGAUUUCACACCCGCGCAGUCUUUUCCCCUGUCGCCAGCAUAUCAUGGAAGUGUUAUUAACGAACUUGCCAGACUAUAACCAGGCUUUUUUUUCUGUUCCAAGGUUAUUAUUUAUUAUAAAUUGUGUGGUAUGUUAUCCCUGUCUUAGCCCUCAUUCGCACGAGAGUUUUUUUAACGGACGUUAAAAAAGCGUUCAAUUUUAACAAAUGCAUAAUAAUUAUGUUCACACGACAGCGUUUUUAAAACACAACCCUUUUUUUCGAGCAGUGAUGCAUUUUCAAUUUUGGGCGUUGGAAAUAGAGCUUCAUUUAACUUCAUACUAUAUUUGAACGUUUUUUUGGCUUUCGCUUGGAUUUUUUUUAUUCCCUUGUGUUAUAGUUUUUUAGUUCAAGUAAAUAACAAAAUCGAGAAAGUUGAAUCACUCAAAAUUAAUGUGAUCGUAAUCAAUUGUAAAAAUGUUCCCCAAUUCCUGGGCAGAAGAUGUUGUUGGUUAUUAUAAAUUUCUCAUGACAUGAUGAUUUAUUGUUUUGUACAAAUUGUAUAUAUAUGAAAUUUACGCCUACAUUAGUUGUGUUACCACAUAAAAGUCUUUCACACAAUUGCAUUUUUUAGAUUAGCAGUAUUAUAGUAGGUUAAGUAUGAUUCCUCAUGCAAUAUUCCAGUUUUAUUUUACAUUUUUUUAUUUUCUAUCAAUUGAAAUGUUAAAUUGUUAUCGGUAGUCAGUGUGAUAUUAUUAUAGAUGUUCUGUUUUCGGAAGACAGUUAAGCUUGAUUGUAGUAGUAAGGUGACAGACAGACGUUUUGUGUGUGUAAGAGCAUUAAUAGAGCAGAAUUAUUUUUAAUUCUCACCUAGACAUUGUUUUUUUGAAUAUCACAUAGUCGGAGAGCCAGCGACAGACAGGCAUUCGUCAUUUUUAAAAAGCUGAAAGGAUCCAGACAAGACCAGAUCAACAGUCUAAGUAAUUUUGUUUUCUUCAGCAUAAUAUGAGAAAUUAUAUAUCCAGUCGCCAGUAACUUAGCUUUGCGGCAAUUCGUCGAAAAAUGCUAAUCAAGAUAAAACUUUAAGAGCUAGCUAGCGAAGAGUUGCCAUGAAGCCAAGAGGCGAAUGGAUAUAGAAUUUCUCAAAUGCCACUUUAAACUUAGAUACUUUGACGGCCUCCGUGGCGUGGUAUGCGCGGUGGAUUUACAAAACUGAGGCCCUGAGAUCGAUCCCCGGCUGGGCCGAUUAAGAUUUUCUUAAUUGGUCUGGCUGGUGUGAGGCUUUGGAUGUGGCUAGUUACCACUAUACCGGCAAAGACGUACCGCCAAGCGAUUUAGCGUUCCGGUACGAUGUGUAGAAACCACACCAUCAGGGUAUAUUGUGAUCAACGGCUAACUAAUGAAUAAAAAAAGAUAAGAUAGUUGAACGUCUGGAUUCUUGAAAUCUGAAAAGUUUUAUGUAUGUUGUGUGUAUUAUGGAGUUUGGACUGUGGUUACUGUCUGAAUCCCAUAACUAGCUUAGGAUAGAAGCAUGAGCUGACAAACUUUCAGCUUUUAUAUAAUGGCAAAUGUCUGGCUGUCGCUGGCUCUUAGUCUAAAAGGCCUCUUAGUUUAUGAAAGAGUUUUUGCUGUUCUGACGUUCAUUUAGUGUCGCCGCGCACGGGCCACACUCGAUAGCUAGAAACGCCGCCACAAGAGACAAGAAGGGGCCACAAAAGUAACUGAAGCGCGCGACAGCCAUUUGUGGCUGGUGGUCGACAAAUUGCGGUCGGUGGCUGCUACUUUCUUAACCUAUGCAUGCAGUAUCAUAAUGGACUCAGACGAAGAAGGUUUAAUCGCUCUGUUUUUCAUAUGGGUGCGGAAUCGCGCGAGUGGCGUGUGUCGGCGUUUAGUGGCCGGUGAGGCCCACAAGAAGCGAACAGCGACGAUUGUAGCGUGUGGCGGCCACCGGCGUCAACCGUGUGCGGCGAGUCCAUAUAAAACGCAUGAAAUAUGUCGGUAGCGGCGUUUUGUGGUUGUGGCCAAUGGCCUGUGUGCGAGAGCCCUUUGACACAAACACGCAUGUGCCUCUCCUCACUACUACAUUAAAAGCUAAUCCGUCUCCCUGAAAUAAAGUACAGUUGAAUACAACCUUUUUGACGUUAAUUGUUUCUUCUAGGUUCCUAAUUAGAUUGUACACGGCUAUCUAAAAAUUAUUCAGCUUACAAUUUUUUGUCUUUUGAUAAAUUUUGGCCUAUGCUUAAGCAGUUAAUAUUUUCUAUUUAAAAUGUUCUGUCAAAUCAAAAUAUUUAUUACUUGGGUUCCUAAUAUUAUAGAUACUUCUUCAUAGGUAACAGGUAUAAUGGUUAUAUCAGGUAGUUACGAGUCUAAGUUAAUCAAUUACUUUUGUUUAAAUUUAACUAAUAUAGUUAUAGGUAGGUAUGCAUACAAACAUGUUAAUUUUCUUAUAAAUUUGUGUGUCACCGUAUUUAUACCUGCAUCACAUUCCCGCCUGAUUUGUACACUUAUUUUUAAUCUCGAAGACCUAUAUCAAUGUAUUUGGCUUCGUAAGCGCUACUAAGUAGGUAUAAUGUGAAUGUAGACUAUAUCUCACAGUCUUACUAUAUUACUCGGUGAAGUUGUAGCUUUCUAUUGAAGUGAAAUAAUUUUCAAAAUCGGUUCAGCAGAUCCAGAGAUUACCUCCUACAAUCUCAGAAACUUUACAUCACUCAAUUGAUAUAUUUCAGUAGGUGCAGUACGAUGCAAACUUUAUGACGUUUCGGAACAUCGUGAUGCGCAAUAAAAUAUUUUAGGUAUUAGCGGUAACGUAGGAUCGCGGCAUCACCCCAUGAUUUUAGCGUGCUUUAUGUACGACCUGCGCGUAGCGACAACCGCAGCUUAUUUCCGAGGCGUCAUAAAGUUUGCAUCGGACUGUACUUAUUCAUAUUUGAGCUCAGUAACUUUUUUUCUUUUUUUUAUAAAUUCAUUACUAUUGUGCAAUCAGCUGCAACUUUAAGCAAAUUGCUUGUGGGUACUUCAUGGCAUGUGUAGCUGACCUUCCAUUGAAGGCCAUGCUAAUUAACUUACCAAUUAACUCAGUAACUUAACAAUUAAAAAGUUGACUUAAAUUCUCUGUAAGUAGUAUUUUUCCGCUUGAAAAGUGAAUAUGAUAGGUACAUCGUUUCUCUUUAAGCGAAUACCUAACUAUUUUUUCAAUAUAGGUAUUAUUAUAACAUAUUCAAAAAACUAAUUUUAUGUUCUUUUAGUAAACAAUAUUAAUCAGAAACCUGUUACCUACUUUAAUGAGAGUAUAUUUAACGAAGCGAGAUAAAUAAUGUAAACAAAUUGACAACAUGAUUGACAAUACAGCUGAGUAUAGGCCUAGAACGGACUACUUUAGUAUUUUAGUCGAGUAGGAACAAUUUUUGGAUUUACCGCCCAAAAAUCUUUCGUACUCGACUAAAAUACUAAAGUAGUCUGUACGGCCUCUUAAGCCUAGUUCGGACUACUUUAGUAUUUUAGUCGAGUACGAACGAUUUUUGGACUUACCAUCCAAAAAUCGUUAGAGAUAGUAUUUCUUGGAUUUCGCAUUGCUUGGAUGAUCAAGUUGCUUACGUAUUUUAUCUCGCCUCAUUAUUCUUAUUAUAAGUACCUACUUAAUUUAAGUUUUUUAUUUUAAUCCUCAUGUAAUGUAAAUUUUUAUACUCAUCAAGUGUUUAGUGGAUAAAAUGUAGUAAAUUAAAUCGUAGAUACGAAUACGAUGUAAAACAAUUUACCUAAGCAUAUAUAUAAUUUGAUGCAAUAAAUGUUUCGGGAGUUAUAAUAGAUAGGUUGACCUAUUUUUGAUUUUCUAGUCAGUGCAAUUUUUUAUCGCUUAAUUAAAUCAACGAAAAAUUUAA